AUGAAAAGCAACUCGGUCCGUCUCACCUACGUCUACGGCUUCGCCGGUCUGUGGUGGUUCGUCUCCGGCGCAACAGUCCAAAUCCUACUCUACGCAAUCAUGGCCAUCGAGCUGAAGCGCCGCGCCCCUCGAGCAAACACUAUCCUUGAAGCCUUGCGGAUCAGAUUCGGCACAGCGACUCACAUCGUCUUCUUCGUGUACGGUGUCGUCGUCCAGAUUCUGGUCACAGCGGCGCUGCUACUCGGCGGAUCUGCGGCUUUCGCGGUCACCACUGGUGUCAACAUCGUAGCAAUGAACUACCUGAUCCCGCUUGGCGUCGUGAUUUACACAUACUUUGGCGGGCUGAAAGCGACCUUCAUAUCGGACUUCCUCCACACGCUGGUCAUCUUCAUUUUGGUACUGGUGUUCAUGUUCAAGGUAAUGGCGGUCAGCUCUGUACCCGUUCUCGGCUCGCCUGGAGCAUUGUGGGAUCUACUCCAGCCAGACGUGCUGCAGACUGAAGCCUUUGGUGCCAAGGACGGCUCAUAUCUGACCCUGCAGUCGGGACAAGGUCUCCUGCUUGCUGGUGUCAUUCUGGUAUCAGGUUUUGGUUCCGUCUUCGUUGACCCAUCCUACGGCCAGAAAGCUAUUGCUGGAGAGCCCAAUGCUGUCGUCAAAGGAUACUUCAUUGGUGCGUUCGCAUGGUUCAGCAUACCUCUCGGACUCUGCGCGACGAUGAGCUUCGUUGCGGUUGCGCUGGCAAAUACAAACUACUGGCCCGUUUCUGGAGGCGUGACGCAGUACCAGAUCGACAACGCGCUGAUUCUGCCACUUGCCGCUCAGGCUGUUAUGGGCACUGGAGGUGCGGUGGCGAUUAUUCUAAUGGUAUUCAUGGCUGUGACAUCGUCCUUCAGCGCGGAGAUUGUUGCACACGCUUCGAUCGUGACGUACGAUAUAUAUCGACCGUACAUCAACCCUGCCGCAGACGACAAGAGGCUGGGACUGGUUUCUCACGCAGCGCUCUGUAGCUUCGGCCUCUUCUCUGCGUCCUUCGCCACUGGUCUCGGGUAUUCCGGCGUCUCCAUGGGAUGGGUUCUCGAAUUCCUCGGCGUCGCUGUCGGCGCUGCCGUUAUCCCCAUUACGCUUGCUGUCAACUCCGCCCACGUCAGCCCUCUCUUCAUGGAGAUUGCUGCGCCCAUCGGGACAAUCUGCGGCCUCUCAUCGUGGCUGGGCAGCGCAAAGGGCAUGUAUGGCGCGGUCAAUGUCGUGACGACCUUCGAGAACUGGCCCAUGUUCAUCGGCUGCACCGUCUCGCUCUUCGUCCCGCUCAUCAUGUGGGUGGCGAUGUGGCCUUUGCAAAAGCGCCCUUACGACUGGGAUAGGCUGUUUCGAAUGGAGGCGACGCAGCCACGGCCAGGAGACGCCAAGUUUGCCGCAGGCGACACCAAAGACCUCGGCGAUGACUUCGACCCUAUGGCUCUCGCGCGGGCUUCCAGGAACGCGAAGAUCGUCUCGAGCGUGGUCUGCUCCAUCUUCCUGAUCAUCAUUCCCUUUUCGUUGUAUGGGACGGGGUAUAUCAUGAGUCGGAACUUCUUCAUUGGAUGGACCGUGGUGGUCUUUAUUUGGUGUUGGGUUGCAGCUAUUCUUCUGCCUACGCUGGUCUGCCUGAACAAGUAG